CGGAAGCUAGCGGUGGAGUUGCUUAUGUUGUGCUCAGGAACCGUAAUUAAUGUUAGAAUGUUGUAAAGCGUCUGUUUUAUGCACCAGUUUAUCCGAUAACAUUGUUAUAAAUGCGUUUAAGCGAUUGUUUUCACCGUCUCAUCUCUAAUAGGCUGCUAACUUUGGACUUGUAGCUAACAGAGAACAGACUUAGGAGGCAGUGCCGUGAGGGUGGCAAAAAUAUGAACGCGAUUAGAGGCAAAGACAGCUGUGAAGUUAUUAAGAACUACCACAAGCAGGCGUUUGAUUAUGUUUCAAAGGCUUUACGGAUCGAUGAGGAUGAUACAGGAGACAAGGAGCAGGCUGUGCUGUGGUACAAGAAAGGGAUUGCUGAGCUAGAGAAGGGAAUUAAAGUGGAGAUCAGUGGAGACGGAGAUCAGUAUGAACGAGCAAAGAGACUCCAAGAGAAGAUGGAAGCAAACCUGACCAUGGCAAGAGACAGGCUUGGCCUUCUUGAGGCUACAUUAGCAUCCAGAAGACAAAGUGCUCUUCAGAGGAGCUUUACUCUUCCACAGCCAAAGCCUGUACCGAAGAGCCAGCCAGCAGUACGACCCGUGCCCCCCGCUGUCAGACCCUCCUCUGCUGUCAGACCUUCGUCUGGACCUGCUGAUUCAAAGGUGACCCCACGGACAGGAAGGGCCCAAAAUGGAAAACCUGGAGCUGUGAGACAGCCUCCAAAAAGAGACAUGAAAAACUUCAGGAAUGUGGACAGCAAACUGGCCACCUUGAUCCUGAAUGAAAUCGUCGACAGCGGAGCAACUGUAUCCUUUGAGGACAUUGCAGGACAAGAUCUUGCCAAACAAGCGCUCCAGGAGAUUGUCAUUCUCCCCGCCUUGAGACCAGAGCUCUUUACUGGCCUGAGAGCUCCAGCGCGCGGCUUACUUUUAUUCGGCCCACCAGGAAAUGGAAAAACAAUGUUGGCCAAAGCUGUGGCAGCAGAGUCAAACGCCACAUUCUUUAACAUCAGCGCUGCAAGUUUGACCUCUAAAUAUGUUGGCGAGGGUGAGAAGCUCGUACGAGCGCUGUUUGCAGUUGCACGAGAGUUACAGCCCUCUGUCAUAUUCAUCGAUGAAGUUGACAGUUUGUUGUGUGAGCGGAGAGAAGGAGAGCACGAUGCCUCGCGUCGAUUAAAAACAGAGUUCCUGGUGCAGUUUGACGGGGUCCAGUCAGGAGGGGACGACCGGGUACUCGUGAUGGGAGCGACCAACAGACCUCAGGAACUCGAUGAAGCUGUUCUGAGACGCUUUGCAAAAAGAGUUUACGUGAUGCUACCGGAUGAGCAGACAAGAGUCACACUGCUGAAAAACCUUCUGGGAAAACAAGGAAACCCUCUGAGCACCAACGAGCUGUCCUAUCUAGCAAAAAAGACAGCAGGAUACUCAGGAAGUGAUCUCACGUCGUUAGCCAAAGAUGCUGCUCUUGGGCCCAUCAGAGAGUUGGGACCAGACCAAGUCAGGAGUAUGGCUGCUAGUGAGAUGAGAAACAUCAACAAGAAAGACUUUGAAGACUCCCUGAAGCGCAUUAAGCCCAGCGUCAGCCCGACCACUCUGAACAUGUACACACAGUGGAACAAAGACUUUGGAGACACAACGGCCUGUUGAUCAUUUUGUUCAUUUUUAACAUGAAAACAAACCUUUAAAAUAAAAAAAAUGUAUUCCUCUGAUUCUGCUCUGUAGGAACAAAAGAACAUUUGCAUAAUGAACUUUCAAAAAACCUUUACAAGUCAAAGCUGUAAUUACAUUUGGGAUCUGUCAUGAGAAUUUCCUCUUUUAUGGAAAGACUUUGCUAUUUGGAUUUAUAUGACUUCCUUUUCUGUAUUAUAACACCUGAAACACUGUCUUGCUACUUGAAGAUGCGUUAUUUAUUUUUGAGAAUGUCCUGCAAAUUCACAAAUGAUCUUUCUUGCCUCAAGAGGGCAGCAAAUUCCUGUAAAUCCUCACUAAACCUCGCUGAUUGUGAUUGAUUUUGCACAUCCAUGAGUUACCUAAGGUGUUGGCAUGAUGGUAUUGAUCACCAAGUGCUCUGUAGGCUUUGACACAUCAUGGGCUGAUGAUAUUUGGGAGAAGACUGGACAUAUUUGGAGCUUUUGUAUUAUAAGAAGGGUUUCAUUCAUAAGUAGAUGGGUAGAGUUACAGUAUAUAUCCCUGAUAGUGUGGUGUGUUGGAGUUAUGAUGAUUUAAACACCAGAACUGCAGUGAUUCUCCUCUCUCCUCAUGCAUUAAUAAACACAUUC